AUGUAUGACGGAGCUGACGGUUGCUACUUACAGUGGAAAGUCUUGGUUGUGGACGAGACUAGCAGGAAGUUGAUAUACAACGCGACCAAUGAUGACGAUAUUCUUAACCUCAAUGUCACCAAUGUCGAGCAGAUCGAGCAUAGGCGACCGCCCAAUCCCGAUAUGGAUGCGCUGUAUAUCCUGUCACCUCAAACACAUAUCGUCGACUGCCUAAUGGCCGAUUUUGAACGGAAAAGAUACAGGCGAGCAUGGUUGGUCUGGACAUCAGCCCUCGAUCCACAGCAGCGCGCCAGGCUGGACAGGUCUCAGAUGGCGCGCGAGCAGAUUGCCGAUUUCCGGGUCAUGAACAUAGACUUCUUUCCAAGAGAAUCGCGUCUGGUUACCUUCCGAGAUCCCUGGAGCUUUCCCAUUUUGUUCCACCCUGGCUGCAAUCACCUGAUUCGAGGACACUUGCAAGAUCUGGCGCAGAAGGUGACUCGACAUCUUAAAUUCUUCGUCUUGUGUUCCCACCUCGCUCGAUUCAUUCAGAACGAAUUGGACCAGUUCGCUCAAUCUCAGAGAGACUUUCCUCCUCCUUCGCCGAGACCUCGCGGUGUUCUUUUGCUGGCAGACCGCUCUAUGGAUAUGGUUGCCCCUCUCAUCCACGAAUUUACCUACCAAUCAAUGGUGCAUGAUUUGCUACCCAUCAAAGACGGGGAUAAGGUCACCUACACCACUGUUAUCAACACUGGCAGUGGCGGCGGACAGAAAAAGGACAUGGAGAUCAAUGAAGAGGACAAUGUUUGGGUUGAAUAUCGGCAUCAGCACAUGAAAGAUGUGCUGGAGAAGCUGGGUCGAGACUUUGCGAAAUUUAGGGAAGCCCAUCCUCAGUUCGCGGAAGAUAAUGACAAAGUCAACGUGAACACGAUCAAGGACAUGCUUGCGGGCCUAACGGAGUUCCAGAAAGGUCGAGAUGCAUACACACUUCAUCUCAAUAUGGCAGAAGAGUGCAUGAAAUUCUUUCAAGACCAUAAGCUUUUGGAAGUCAGUUCAGUUGAGCAAUGCCUUGCGACUGGUCUAGACGAAAACUAUAAGAAGGCAAAGAACCUGGCUGCACAGCUUGUUCAGCUCCUCGAUGACGAUGCGGUUGUGCGCACGGACAGACUGAGACUCUUGCUCCUCUACAUCAUGUAUAGGGGAGGUAUUUUGGCGGGUGAUAUCCGGAAGCUCAUCGCACAUGCCCAACUAACACCACAGGACGGAGAAGUUAUUUCCAAUCUUGAUCUACUUGGAAUCAGGGUGGAGAAGCCACUGAAGGACGAAAAGCAACCUGUUCAGCCGUUAUUCCCCAGGAAAGCUCCGGCUGUCACCGAGAUAGACGAAGCCAGCCUUUCUCGAUAUGAGCUGAAUGUCAAGUUGCUGCUAGAAGAACAGGUCCGGGGCACAUUGGAUCCUGCACUGUUCCCCUUUACCCGGCCUCACACCACAGCAGAUGGCAUGGCACAGCAGGAUGCUCUGGCGCAAGCGUCUCUACGAAGCGCCAAACCAACGUGGGCGAGGACCCGCGGUUCUGCCGAGCAGCCACGGCAACGGAUUAUUUUGUUUAUGGCCGGCGGAGCUACAUAUGGGGAGUCGCGCGCCUGCUAUGAAGCAUCGCAGACGUUUGGGAAAGACGUAUACUUGGCCACAUCCCACAUGCUAACGCCAAGCUUGUUCUUACGGCAAGUCAGCGAUCUGAGUGCAGAUCGAAGACGCCUAGACAUUCCUGCAGAACGGCCCAAACCCACAGCGCCUGCUCAUCUGUUUGAGAAAGAUCCUCCUCCGCCUGCACCGGUGCAACAACAGCCUGCAGCCAAGAAAGCACCACCUCCCAACCUCAACCCUCCAGUGCCUACAGCCGCUAUGCAUGCCAUGUCACUAGGACCCAACGCGCAGAAGACCCCCAGCGGAACGCCGCCAGCCAGCUCCAAGCCUCAAAAGGAAAAGAAAGAGAAGGAAAAGAAGCGAUUGCACUUCUUCCGGUAA